UAGGGCACUGAAUCUCUUUCUUUCUCUCUCUAUCGUAUACUCAGUCGCCUCUCUCAUCAUUCAGCUAGCCACCCCUCAUCUCAUCUCAUCUCCUCAUUCCUCUCUAUUUCACUCUCCUCCCUCCCAGCCCAAACGAAUGGAACAGACUGACCAGACCAGACUCGGCGACUCAGCGGCAGCACAGCCCAGCCGCACGACCACAACCCACGCACGCGACUGCUUCACGGACACGAAGCUGACCCUUCCCACUCUGGCGACUGCUUAACAGACAUGGAGCUCCGCCACACUGAUUCGUUUCCAAGCUCAUAGUCCAGUUAUGAUGAUGAUGAUGAUGAUGAUGAUGAUGAGGAGGAGGAGGAGGAUUAUGAUGAUGAUGUAUUAUAUAUAUAAUAGGUUUAUUAAAAAUCAUAAACACUUGAUUGAGAUGGCUGGUCAAUCGGAUCCUCACCCUUCUCUCUUUUCGGCAGAGGAGAUUGAGUUCAUGGGCGAGGAUGAAAUGAUCGAGUUUGUGCCCAAUAUGAGAAUGGAACCUCUUAAUUUAAUUUCGGGGGAUUACGGUCCAUUCUUUCCGCAGAUGGUUACCCAGGUACCCCUUUGGCUUGAAAUUGCUUUAAAGAAGAGAGGGAAAUGUGCAAUUCGACCUCCUUCUUGGAUGUCAAUUGGUUGGGAUCACAUAAAGCAUUACGAGAUACAAAUUUUGAAGAAGCUGACUGAAAAUUAGAGUCUUGGUGAAGAUAGUAUAGGUUGGCAACGCGCUUAGUAUUCCAAAUCCUCAAAAUUUGUUGCUGUAGAGUACAAUGUUCAUAAUUAAAUGUUAGUAUUAUAGGAGUGUGUUGGAUAAGUGAAGUAACAGAAAGUAAGUUAAAUAUGAAUUGUGGAACAUAUAGCACAUUAUGAAGAGUGAUAUGUUCAUUGAUUCUCACAAUGCCUACUUUCUGAACUUUGACAAAGGUUCCAUUUGGAAGUGUAACAUGGUUAGUAAUGAUCUUAUCAUGGAAACUUUGAAAGCAAUUGAUAUUAAAUCAAUUAUUGUGUGUUGCACCACUAUCUGGAAUCCAAGAAUGGGUUGAUAAUGGUUCUUUGUUACCAAAAAAAUCGGAUGCAGCUGGUUACAUUGGAGGCAGCUGGUAGAUGUGUGUCCACGCUUGGUACCCCUUGAGUUAGUUGUUGGCUGAGCAGAGAAAUUAGCUGCAUAGGGAGAGUCGUUUGACUAGGAGUAGAUUCUGAAGUGGAUCUGGAAGCUUGCAACGCUCUGGGCUGCGAACGAGUGGGAGGGUCAUUUGGUUUUUGGGUUUCUUGGCUUGUGGAGGAAUCAUUGAUAGACUUGCAAUUUCCAUAUCCUGGAGGAAACCUGUGAAGAAAGAAACACUUGUCCUUCAAGUGUCUUGGUUUAUGACAGUGAGAGCAUGUUGGUCUCAUAUUCUUGGUCCUAGAAUUAGGAAAAUUGGUAAUAGCUGCAAUAAUAGAACUUGAAGAAGAGCCAAGUUUACGUUGGCGUUCUUCUUGGAAAAUCGUUGAGUAAGCUUUGGACAGGGAUGGGAAGGGAUCAAUCAAUAAAACUUGAGCUCAAACAUAAUGAAAUGAUUCAUUUAGACCAGUGAGGAAUUUAAAAACCUGUUCUUCAUUUUAGAAAUCACCAUCGCAAAUGAAAGCAACACAGGUGCAAGGAGUACGUGGUCGAAGUUCAUUUAUCUUAUCCCAUAUGGACUUGAGCUUUGCAAAAUAGCAGGUAACAGUAUCAGCUCCUUGAUGUAGAGAAAUUAGGGUUUUCCGAAGCUCAAAAACCCUUGGUCCAUUGCCUUGGUCAAAUCGACUAUUGAGUUCAGACCACAUAGUCGCGGUUGUGUCGAGGAACAUUAUGCCGCUCUUGAUUUUGGGGGAGAUCGAAUGCAAGAGCCAAGACAUCACCAUCUAAUUGCAGAGAUGCAAUGAAUGAAAAAAGGGGUCGGUUAUAGCUGGUUGUGGAAGAGUACCAUUGAGGAACACUUCUUUAUUCUUCGCCCCAAUUGAGAUUUUGAAGUCAUGCCUCCAUUGUUGGAAAUUCUUAUCAGGGAGUGGAGGGGAGGCAAGAAUGAGCCCUGGGUGAUCUCUAGUGCCUAAGAAAUAUGGGUUGUUGUCUUCUUUCACAGAUCGAUCAAAAGAGGCAAAAACAUGAAAUCGAUUUUAUGUAUAUGUGCCAUCAUGUUCGCCGGGUUGUUGCAGUGGUGGUCCCUAUGGUGCAACGGUUCUUCUGAGUUGAGAUGGAGUACCAUGUUCGACGAUAGGCGGAGAAGGGUCAUUGGGCGAAUCAGAGUUGAGCAGAGAAGGGUCAUGGGGCGAUUUGAUGUAUACGUGCCACCAUGGUCGUCGGGUCGUUGCAAUGGUGGUCCCUCAGGAGUGAGAAUUAUUUUGGGCUGAGAUGGCGCAAGAAUGAGCGGACAAGCGGAGGGGAGGCAAGAAUGAGCCCCCGGGUGAUAUCUAGUGCCUAAGAAAUGUGGGUUGUUUUCUUCUUGGGAUGUUCAAUCAGAAGAGGCAAAACACAUGGACCGAUUUUGAUGUAGAUGUAGAUGUGCCACCACGGUCGCCAGGUCGUUGUAGUGGUGGUCCCUCAAUUGUGACGAUUCUUCUAGUCUGAGAUGGAUUACCAUGUUCGACGAGGCAGAGAAGGUUCAUGGGACGAAUCAGAGUUGAGUGGAACAUUGUUUGUGGUGAAGCUUCUUGUUCAUGUUCUAGCCAUACAAGAUGAAGGUAGGGUCUGGAGAAAAGAAAUCUUGGUGAGGAAAUCUUGAUUUUAGGUAUGGCCUGAUACCAUAUUAGGAAACAGAGAAGAAAAAGUAUUAUUCCUGAUGUCUUGUUUCUUAUGAUACAAAAGGACAAAGAGCUUGCUUUAUAUAGCAAGUGGGAAAAAGACAUUAAUACACUAAAUAGAAUAUCAUAACCAGCUAACUAAUCUUAGGUAACUUAAUAGAAAACUCUCGUGCUUAAGUUAAUAAGUAAAGAAAAGAAAAUCUUAUUCCAAUUCAACAAAAUAACAAGUAAGAAAAAUGAAUCAAAGGUCUUUUUUUCAAGUGAGGAAAUGGAUAUGUUUACAGGCAAAAGUUAAUAAGUAAAGAAAAGAAAAUCUUAUUCCAAUUGGUCCAUUUCAGCAUUGCUUUUAUUAAGCUUCCUUUAUUCUUUUUAAGUGGUAAUUAACACCUCUUCACAACAGAGGUGCAUAACCUUAAAUCACCUUCUGAUUAAGGGUGUUUAUUGGAUCACAUCCAAUACUUUUAAAUCUAUCUGAUCCGAUCUAAUCUAAUUGUCUAUUGAAUGUUAGAUUUUUGUACAAUCCUACUUCUACUAUUUUUCCUAUAAUAAUAAAACGAUGGUUCAU